AUGCCUGAAAAUCUGUUAGUAAAUGAUGGUUUCGGCGAGCUUCGCAUUGAUCAACAGAUCGCUGACCGUUCGAUGGAGCUGAUGAUGCAAGGCGACUUAUCUGCAAUACAGCACAGUCUGAUCGACCUUCCCGCAGACUUCUCCACCGACAAGUCCAAGCUUGCCUCUCACGACGCGCAGAUGGAAACAAUAUCGGAACAAGAUAUCACCAUGUUUCGCAAGUCCGUUGCAACCGACCCCGUUCCAGUUGGCGAUUUUGAAAAAGAAAUCCCUGAAACCUCCGAAAUCCCGCAUCCUAACCUGAAUACUCCGACUCCGAUGCCGCAAACUGUUGAACAGCAAGCCAUCGAUGUUUCGGUCGUUCACGAGCCACGUAAAGACGUUCCAACUGAGGCUACCAUAGGAAAGCCGACUGAACAAUUAGUUUUAGAGGAGUUGGAAGAUAUGGAGCCGCAAGCGAAACGGCGACGUCAACAAAAACUCAUCAUUGACAAGAAGACCAAGCUGAGUACAGAGUACUUGCGCUCCAGAAUUGACAAUACUGCCGUCGAGUUACGAUGCCAAGAUAGUUCGGAGGACGUAGUGAAUAUCCGAGUACCCGCGGAUACGUACCUGAGUCGUCCCGCUCACGCAGGGGAAAAGAUCCGCUCUAACUUGCCUCAAGUUAUCUCGCUGCUUUUCCUACGCAACUUGGGCGUCUUAAAUAGAACGCCGAUGGCUGACAGAGAAAUGGAGGAAGCAGUGAUCAAAGAGAGAACGAGACAGUCCCACACGCGUUCCAACCUAGAAACAACAGGGCAGGAAGUACAGCAGCCUCAUGAACAGCCUCAAGUUGAAGUGCCCAUGCAGAUAGAAGAAAUAGUUACAAAAGAGCUUCACGUUGAACAAUUGGGCUUCGCCGAGUUACCAACGCAGGUUGUAGAGACUUUGUCACAGCAUGCUACGAGACUACGAGUAGCUAGCGAGAUUCCAGUUCCUGCAAAAAGACUUCGCACUAUGGGCCAUGUGUCGUAUAGACACAGCAAGGAGCUAGUCAUAGAGGCGGCCAUUUCUGUUCACGAGGCUGAAAAAGAAAAUAUACCACAGAAUAGACAGCUUCCGAGCACUGAACACGAGAGGAGCGUUACGACGAUGCUUCAAGAAGCAGGGCUGGCAGACAUGCAAACAUACAAGCCCACAGAAGUGGAACCCCUCACUGAAAUAAGCCUAAAAAUGUCUGGGAGGAAAAACGGAAGUGAGACAUCUGAAACGCCUCUGGGGAGCCUGGACAGGACUAAAGUUUCACUAGGCGACUCUGUGCAGACUACAGAUUCCAUGAGAUUUAUACUGUGA